ACACAUUUUUAGCUUCAUACCUUGUAUGCAAUGUUAUAUUUUAAUUCGAUAUGUUUUUAUAUACUAUUUUAUAAAAUAGGAUUUAUUCAAUUAUAGCUUUAGUAGUAUAGUUAUCAAUUUGUAUUUGUGUAUCGUUCUCUUCUCAUAAGUACAAGCCCAAGAAAUAAGUUACUAACCUAUGGACAAGUAACGAAAUCUAACUUAUGGACCAAUAAGAAUGCUCAAAGCAUUCGUUUUCCUUUUCUUUGCGUGGCGCUGUUUCAUUUUGAAUGAACCGUUGCUAAAAAAGUCAUAUUAGUCAUAUUAAUUCUAUAACGAGAUAUUGUUAAAAUUGUUAAGUUCGUGGAUUACAUUAUUCUGAUAAAAUUGUUAUUAACAAUUUUUUCUUGUUUCAUUGAUUUUUAAUCAUUUAUGAAUUUCAUAUAUGUUGCACGUAUUUAAAGAUAUAUAGUUACUGUGGAGUACAAUUAGUUCACAUAAUUUGGUAUAAUUCAUGCAGUACAAGAUUCAAGCGGGAAAGUCUAUGUUGGUUAAAAUAUAACAAACCAAAGGAAGGAUGCAAGCUUUCUUAAAAAUAGGUAAAUUAGGAGUAGGAGAUACGAAGAAACCUUCUACUUCUCGUACAAAGGAAGAACGAAACGAGUCGUUAACACCAUGGGUAGAGAAAUAUCGACCAAGAACAGUAGAAGAUGUCGUUGAGCAAGCAGAAGUCGUUGAAGUUUUAAAACAGUGUAUGGAUGGUAGCGACUUUCCAAAUUUAUUGUUUUAUGGUCCACCUGGUACUGGUAAAACUAGUACCAUUUUAGCAGCAGCUAGGCAAUUAUUUGGUACAAUGUAUAAAGAAAGAAUUCUAGAAUUAAAUGCUUCUGAUGAAAGAGGAAUACAAGUAGUAAGAGACAAGGUAAAAUCGUUUGCCCAACUUACUGCUGGAAGCAUGAGAAAAGAUGGAAAGAAGUGUCCUCCAUUCAAAAUUAUUAUUUUGGAUGAAGCAGACAGUAUGACCCAUGCAGCACAAGCAGCUCUUCGUCGUACAAUGGAGAAAGAAUCUCAUAGUACGCGUUUUUGUUUAAUAUGUAAUUAUGUAUCAAGAAUUAUAGAACCUUUGACAUCACGUUGUACAAAGUUUAGAUUCAAACCACUUGGGGAAGAAAAAAUUAUUGAACGAUUGGAAUAUAUAUGUGAGAAAGAAAGCCUAAAAGCUGAAAAACCAGUUCUUGUAAAAAUUGUAGAAGCAUCAGGUGGUGAUUUAAGACGUGCUAUUACCUGUUUACAAUCCAUUGCGAGAUUAAAAGGGAAAGACAUAGAAGUUACGAUCAAUGACGCACUUGAAAUUAUUGGUUUUAUACCUGACAGUUGGCUUGAUAAUUUAAUGGAUGUAUGCAAAUCUAAAGAUUAUAAUAAAGUCGAAGCAUUCGUAGAAGAUUUCUUAUUGGAGGCUUUUGCAACUUCGCAGGUUAUAGAGCAGUUGAGCGAAAGAAUAAUUUAUUCUAAUGAAUUUUCUGAUAAGCAGAAGGCAAUGAUCGCAGAAAAACUUGGGCAAUGUAAUUACAGGUUAUUGGAAGGAGGUAGCGAAUACAUACAACUUAUGGACCUCUGUUACUGUAUUAUAAAGGCAUACAAUUGAACAUGAGUUUUCUUGUUAAAUACAAGUCAAACGCUUUUCUUUGCAUCGUUUAUAUGAUGUUAUAUAUUAGUAUAUUUAUAUUAAGAAUAAAAUAAAUAUUUUUUAUAUCUUUUUGAGAUAAA